UUACAGGCCGAUUAAGAAGGAGGAAGAAGAGCGUGUUGUUUGUUUAGGUUUUUUCGCAGACAAAAUGGGGACCCGCUCCUGCUUUGUUUGUAUGUUGGGACUGUUUGUCCUACUUGCGUACACAUCAGCAUCUUCAGAUGUAUUCGACAGCGUUUUGGGAAACACAGCAUCCUGCCAUAAGUCAUGUGAAAUGACAUACAGUUUGCACACGUAUCCCCGGGAGGAGGAACUCUAUGCCUGUCAGAGAGGCUGCCGUCUGUUCUCCAUUUGUCAGUUUGUUCGUGACAGCGAUGAUCUGAAUCAGACCAAAACCGAGUGUGAAUCAACCUGUCGUGAAGCCUACAUCCAUUCUGAUGAGCAGUAUGCGUGUAACCUGGGCUGUCAGAAUCAGCUUCCCUUUGCUGAGAAACGGCAUGAUCAGUUGGAGGCCAUGAUGCCGAGGAUCCACAUGCUGUACCCCCUGACUCUGGUCCGAGGGUUUUGGGAGGACGUAAUGAGUCAGGCCCACAGCUUCAUCACCUCCACUUGGACGUUCUACCUCCAGGCUGAUGAUGGCAAAGUUGUCAUUUUCCAGUUUGAAGUGGAGAAAGACGUUAAAGAAGAGCCACAGAGGAGCUUCCCCGGGUUGAGCCCAGUUUACAAAGAAUACCAUCGCAGUUUAAUCCAGGAGAGGGACAGAGAUAUGACCAGGGAGCGCGGCGACGAUGAAUACAACCUCUUCAGCUGUCUUUCAAGGAAUCCUUGGCUACCAGGGUGGAUCCUGACCACAACUCUGAUCCUGUCUGUGCUGGUCCUGAUCUGGAUCUGCUGUGCCACUGUGGCAACUGCUGUAGAUCAGUAUGUACCUGCUGAGAAAUUGAGCAUCUAUGGGGACAUGGAGUAUGAAAGGGAAAAGAAACUGACUCCAUAUCCAGCAUCCUCCCUGCUGAUCGUUACCUCCAAAGGGCCAGAGGAAGAGGCCGGGCCGCUCCCUUCCAAAGUCGACCUGGGCCAGUCCGACGUCUAGAAGCCGACGCCGUAGCAAAGAAGGGAUCUCCUCUUUUAUGAAUCAUCUUUAUUUUUAUCCUCUGGUCUAAACUACUUGCAGAACAUUUUGUAUUACUGAUAUAAUGUCUCGUCCACCCUUUUUGAUGCUUUUUAAAUUUGGAGUAAUGAAAAGGUUUUUGUUUCUUCUGUAUAUUGGUAAAAUUGAGGCAUUAUAAUAUAGUGAUGGCAGCAGUACAAGUAAAAUAUGUCUUGGGACUUUUCUUCAUUUUUCGACGUGUGCUUUUGCGAUCUGUUGGUGUGCUUAUUUUAUUGACUGGUGAAAUGAACUAUUUGUGACUUGAAGUGAUACAGGUUUCAACCCAUACCCUCAACCUUUGGUAAAGUAGAUUGCGCUAAUAUUGCAGACUCUCCCUGUUUUUUUUGUUUUUAUGUUUCUACUGCGGUGAUUUACAGGCGAAACUGAAUUUUACAAUAAAGUUCUAUGCUCUUUAAUCUUAAUUAAUAGUGACGGUACACGCAGGUCUUUCCUGCUUCACUGUUGUCUGUUCUCACAAUGAUGGAUCGGAAUUAAACACAAUGGCGUGACA